AUGGCGAAUCUUACAGUAUUCCAGGGAUUCCAUUUUUUAACCUUUUCUAAAAGAGUGGAAGAUAAUCUGCUUAUUUUCAGUGUAUUCCUCAUCAUCUAUCUUCUUGGUGUUUUAGCCAACUCAGUUAUAAUUGCAAUAGUAGCUUUACAUCGCCACCUACACACCCCAAUGUACACGUUCCUUUGCAACUUGUCAUUUGUUGACAUUUGCUACACAACAGUCACCAUCCCCAAACUGCUGGACAUGUUACUCUCUGGAAAUAACACAAUGACUUUCCUACAAUGCUUCGUUCAGAUGCAUUUUUAUUGGAUGUCAGGUGGAAUCGAGGAUAUUCUUUUGUUCACAAUGGCUUAUGAUCGAUAUGUUGCUAUUUGCAGUCCUUUACACUAUCACCGUAUCUUUACAAAGGGAAAUUUAACAAGGCUCAUAGUGGUCAUUUGGGCUUCUGGAUUCCUAAAUUCAGUAUUUGUAACAAUAUCAGCUUCUUAUAUGUCCUUCUGCAAUUCCACUACUGUCAAUCAAUUCUUCUGCGAUGCCAAAGCUCUAACCAAGAUCUCCUGCACCAUUGCUGAAGUGUUUUAUAUAGCCAUCUGUCUAGAACUGUUCCUAUUUGGACUUUGUCCAUUUUUAUGCAGUUUGAUGUCCUAUCUGAAAAUCAUUAGUGUUAUACUUAAAAUACAGUCUAAGGAAGGGAGAAUGAAAGCCUUCUCCACCUGCUCGUCCCACCUUUGUGUUCUCCUUAUUUAUUUUGGCACUGGUCUGCCUGUGUACCUAAAGCCCCUCUCAGACCAUGCAGAUGUCCUGGAUCAGAUCUUCAGUGUGUUUUAUACCACAGUGACACCUCUAUUAAACCCUCUCAUAUACAGUUUACGUAAUAAAGAAGUGAAAAUGGCCCUGAUGAGUUCACUUGUGUUAAGACAUUAA